AACUUUCACUUCAACGAGACUGAAUCGUGACAUGCUGACAUGAGUGUAUACAGCGAUGCGUCUGUCGACGAGUUGGAGACUUUGGGGUGGUACCACUAUGACCUGUCCCGUCAUGCUGCAGAGGCCCUUCUCUUGUCCAAUGGGAUUGUUGGAAGUUAUCUCCUCAGAAACAGUAACAAGGGACCAUGCUUCUUCGCCCUGUCUGUCAGGGCGAAGGAUUCUGUAAAGCAUUUUCAUGUGACACGCAAAGACGACGGUUAUAUGUUUGGCUUCAACCAGUUUGCAACCCUCCAAGACUUUGUUAACCACUUUGCUAACCAGCCUCUGCUUGGCAGUGACACAGGAACCCUGAUGGUGCUGAAGUGCCCGUACCCAUGGCGCGUGGAGGAGCCAUCCAUCUACGAGUCAGUGCGAGUUCACACGGCCAUACAGACAGGUCGAACAGAGAACGAUCUGGUACCGAACGCACCAUCGCUGGGAACGAAAGAAGGCUAUCUGGUGAAACAGGGAGCCUUCGUGAAGAGCUGGAAACAGAGGUGGUUCACACUGAACAGAUAUGAACUCAAAUACUUCAAAGACAAAAUGUGUGAGGAACCCAUUCGGACCCUGGAUCUGAGAGCCUGCUCUGCAGUCCAGUUUGACUACUCUCAGGACAGAGUCAACUGUUUCUGAUCCUCAACUCCCAUGAUUGGAUUUUCUUUUGGCACAAACAUUUACCAACUAUAUACUUUAUGCAGUAGCCUUUGAAUGUAAAUAUAUGGCUGAAAUCAGCUCCUGCUCGGUGGUGGACUGACCAGUUGAUAUAAGUAUGAACGUAUGCUGCUGUAAUAUUUUCACCAAGGAGAAGGCCAGAAGGGCCUGUAAACAUCUACUAGGGUAAAUGGGUACGCUGCUGUUUUUCUGGAUAACAAGCUUUAGAAUCUCUUAAUUUUCCAAACUAUUUAAAAUGCAAGGAUUUAAAUGUCAAAUGAAAAUUAGUAUUGAACACAUCACCAUUUUUCUCAGUAAGCCCUCUGAGGCGAAUUUGUAAUUUGCUAAUUUGGUCUAUAUAAAAUAAAAUGAACUGAAGCUUCCUGUUUGGAGAUAGAAGGCGCAUGCAUUGCUCAGGUGUGGUGAUUCUUCCACACAGUCUUUAAAUCUUGAAGGUUCCUUGUGCCUCUUCUAUGUACUUUUUAAAUUCUUUCCAUGGAUUUUCUAUUGGAUUCAAGUCAGGUAAUUGGCUGGGCUGUUCUGGCAGCUUUAUUUGAGCUUUGUUCCAUCUUCAUCACCCAGGUUUGUUCCAUUCAUCUUCCAGUUUUUCACAGAAUUGUCUUAAUGUUGUGCAGCAAACUAUAAACAAGCUUCAACAUGCCUUUUUCCCUCAGGAAUAAAGCAUUGUGUUGUGUGCGUGCAUGCAAGCUGCGGGAUUUGAGUGCAUUACUUGCUAUACAAUUGAACCUGCCAAUUCCAGGUCUUUCUGAAGCUCUUCACACAGGUUCCGUAUGAGGGGCCGUUUAGGACUUCACUAUUGAGACGCUUAAAUGUACUAAUGAAACACUCACGUUCGCUAUCACACACACUAGUGAGAGACAUGCAUACUCUGUUAAACCUAUGCCCACACAUAUAUAAAACAUUCUACAUACUCAUCUGAAACACUUACACACGCGCAUACAUGUAUGCAUUUCAUAUGUAUGACACAGAAGUAUAUAAGUGAACAUUUCUACAUACACAGCAAAAUGGACAGACUCAA